ACAUGACAGUGAGGACACUGUAACUUUAUGUAAUCAGCACUCUGAACGUUUGAUAAUGAGAGGAAGCAGGGUGAAGCCACAUUCCCACUUCUGCUUUUCAUUCCUCAACUCCAUCUCUUGAACAAGCAAUUGGUCUGUUUGCUUUAGCGGGCAGAUUUUAACGAUGGAAAGUUGGAUGCUGAUGAUCCUUGUUAUUAUGCCAGGUGUUUGGAGUGGAGAGUGGAGGGUGACCUUCGAAAAUCAGUGUGCUUUGAGAGGGGGGUCAGUAGUUAUGAAGUGCAGCUAUAACUACCCUAGGCCUCAAAGAGUCACUCAGGUGGACUGGUCUAGAGCCCUGUUUACAUCUGGCAGGUGGCGGCUGCAUCACCUUUCUAGUCUCCCUUCGCCCCCGGACUUUGAAUACGUGGGUAACCGAAAUGGUAACUGUAGUCUGAAGAUCAACAACGUACAACCCACUGAUCAGGGACAAUACUAUUUUAGUUUUGUGACAACAUUAGACAGAUGGACAAGCAAAAGCCAUGCUUAUUUGUAUGUUAAAGAGUUAACCGCUGUGUUAAAGCCGAGCACUGUGAAAGAGGGAGAUGAUGUCAGGCUGACCUGUGUGUCAGAAUGUCCUACACCUAAAACCAUUGUCUGGUUUAAAGAUGGACAGCCAGUGCGGAAACCAGAGUUCUCGGUGAGGAGAGAGGAUGCUGGGAGCUACUUCUGUGCUGUCCUGGGACAAAAGACAGUCAGAUCCAACUCUGUGACUCUGAAUGUUCAGUAUGCUCCAAAGAGAGUAACCCUGUCGUUGAGUCCACCAGGAGACGUCGUCAAAGGAAGUUCAGUGACUUUCAACUGCAGCAGUGAUGCCAACCCACCUGUGAGGGACAGAGGAUACAGCCUGUAUAUGGACGGACAGUUUAUCAGUUCAGGGCAGGAACACACCAUCUCUGACCUGCAGCCCAGACACAGUGGACUGUACCACUGCCAGGCCUGCAACAAUGUUAGCUGGAGGGGCGAUGACCUGAUGAACUCAACCGACUUUCACCUGGAUGUCCUGUACGGCCCAAUGAACAUGUCAAUUUUAGUGGAUGAUCAACAAUUUGCUGAGGGCAGCAGUGUGAAUCUGACCUGCAGCAGUGUGGCCAACCCUGAGGCCGACAAUUACACCUGGUACAAGAGGACAGACUCUCCCAGCUCCAGCUCAUGGCUCCAGGUGGGCUGGGGACAGGUGCUGUCUCUUCCCUCUGUGGAGGCGUCCCACACUGGACGCUACCUCUGCCAGGCCAGUAACAGUGUGGGGGAGGGCAACUCAACUGAUCUGCUGGUGACCAUGAAAACAGAGGACCGCGGCAGCCAGAUGCACCUGAUCAUAGCCGGAGUUGGAGUCAUUGUUUUGGUGACUCUUGUGGUAGCACAUCUUUUGUACUGGAAAAAACGAACCCGUGUAGCGAAAAAACGGACUGCGUUUGGCGCCAAGCUCAGUGGAGAGGGCUUGAGUUCUUCAGCCACAGAAGAUCAGCUGGACACUGUUUACGCCAACAUCCAGACAUUUCCAUCCUCUCGUCCAAGGAACACAGACCACAAACAUUACAUUCCCUCUUCUGAUGAAGCUGAACUUAUCUAUACAACAGUGGCCAUCAAACCCAGAAACAGCAGAGCUCCACAAGAGUCCAGGGCCACAAUAGGAGAGAGCGAGGAUUCUGUGAUCUACUCGACUGUGGUCAAAUCCAGCUGAUCCGAUGUGAAUAGAAGAACAACAGCCUGGAGCCUGUUAGGAUUUUAAUAAUAUAAUUAGACACUAUAGCCCCAAAAAGGAUCGAUUUUACACGCACCAUGUUUGUACCUUAACAGAAAGAAUUUAUGUUUUGUUAUGUGUUAGGACUGUAAUCCGUG